UUAUGUACCGUUUGCAUUCGAGGUGAGUCCAUAAGCCCUUCACGCCCCAACCCUUUGUUCCUAGACAUACAUCCAUGCAUACCUCAUUUCCAAGUCUGUUCAGAAUUCGAAUAACCAAUUUUACGACGAAGGAAUCCAGCCAUGAUAGGCGCCGUGGUGAUUACGGCACUCCUUAGUUAUGAGCCGUUCUUCCAAGCCACCAUUACCCAAUAUGGCGAACUGCAUAAGGAAAAUUCGAGCUUAGGAAUUAGAGCUUCCAUCAAUCGAACCUAGAGACUCGAUGUUGGUACACUCUUAUCCACAUCGCUUCUUAAUUAUGAAAUUGCCCCGGAUGAGCCCUUCUCCUGGUUUACGGAACCCGAUUAUAGGAUUUUAACCUCUCUGUACGAUGGAUUUUCGACUUCGAUAACACAUGCUACACUCCCUUAUUUCACAUGCCCUACCGGUAACUGUACCUUCGGAAUGUUUACCUUACUUGGCAUCUGUAGCGCAUGUGUUGAUGUAUCAUCGCAUAUCACCAAACAUGAAGUUCCAUUCUUUCCGGGCAUCACGGGGUAUUACCUCCCACACAGAGAUGAACCCAUCGUUGAAAAUAAUGAUGGUUUCAGAAAUGUCACGGUUGAGAACUUUAUUGCAGGUACCCUGUCUGAUGCGGCAGUUGCUCUCUUUCCUGAGGAGACAAUCUCGUUUGACAACACCGUGAACAGCACCACAUUCAUGGUACUGAGGAUAGUCCAGUCUCAGCUCGACUAUAUAAACAAUAUCUCUACAUGGGCCACUGCUCAUCCAAAGGCGACAGAAUGUGGGCUCUAUUUCUGCACAAAUCUAUACUCCGCUUCUAUCGUUGAGGGUGUGCUAAAUGAAACGCUGCUAGCGUCUUGGUCUAAUCGAGAUGCAAAUUCGUAUGAAGCACGUGGUAACCUUAGUCUCGCUCCUGAUGACUGGCAACCUCACAAAUUGUACAGCUAUCAGGAUUUCACUCGAUCAGACCUGCAACUCUUCAUACCAGAUGAUAAGGCGGCAGCGUUACAAAUACCGAACGACCAGCCCACGCAAUUCAACAUUUCACAAAUUACCAUUCAAGCAAUGAUAAAUUUGCUGAUUCAUACUAUCUGCUCAAGUGAUUUGAGGUUCCCUGCAAAGAAUGCUUACCCUAUUACUAGCACAGUCGGUAUUGGCGACAUCAUUGGAAACUCUAGCGACUUGAACGCCACGUUUCGGGCCGUAGCCGAAAGCAUGACCGCCUAUAUACGCAACCAGGGGUACGAGAGCUUUCCACAGUACGGUGUUUCCCAAAGUUGGGUUCUACACUACCGGAUUCGCUGGGAGUUUAUCUUGCCUCCACUCAUUCUUACGCUCGCUGGGUGUGUCUUCUUAGUAUAUACCAUAUGGGAGACCCAAUCGCUUGGGUUAACAGCUUGGAAAGAGAGCACGCUGGCUACACUCGCCCACGGCCUGGACAUAUUAACGAGGACUAAAUUGAGGGAGGCCUACCGGGAUGGUACUGAGGAUAGGUCGGCUCGAGGUAUUACGGUUUUGGUAGAGAAGUCUCUAGGUGGUCUCGAGCUUUGUGAGGUUCGUCCUAGCGACACAUCCCAGCCUGCACCGCACACGAGUUCGCGGUCAGUGCACACGGAACCUGUCUAGUCUCCGAGGGGUUUUAUAUGCCUUCAAAGCGAGACUCAUUGAGUACGGCGCAAGGAUUAGUUAAAAGGAGUUGUCGCAAGAGUACUUUUCUCUAUGGGCUUAAUAGGAAUCAGUACGGAGCUUGGCGUUGACCUGUUACGCAUUCAAUCGCCGAGAAAGCUAUUAAAAUGAGUUUCUUAUAGACGUCUUAAAUCUCGGCUGGAGUUCGAAAUCUGGUACUGGGAGCAUUAAGCCUUAAAUAUUAUCAAAAUAGGCGAGCCAGUUAAUUAAAGGUUCAAAAGUGUAUGUAUUUGUCAAAUAUAAGGGGUUAUAUCUUUAGUAAGGAUAUCGGAUAAACGGGGAUCUUAGGGUAG